AACGCGGAGAGGGCAAACAAUUUCUCCAUACAAAAUUUUAGGUCAAGAGCAGAUUGCUCCUUGUCUUUCUCAACGUAUAAAUAAGAGAGUGAUACAUACAGAAGUCAUCAGUUACAUUCAGCUAACCGACCAAUAACCAGCAUCAUGAAAUUGUUCGUCCUCGCCGCUAUCUUGGCCGUCGCCGCCGCCGCUCCUUCCAGUUACAAAACCGAAGAAGAGAAGUACGGAAAGGACUACAAAUACCCCGAGAUCACCGUCACUGGCCAAUCUGAUGAGCGCAACCUCGAUGGCAGCAGCCAGUGGAACUACGCCCAAUCCGACUACGCCACCCGUGCCGAAUCCCAGGCCCAGAAGAAAUUCACCGUCACCACCGUCGAUGAUUACGGCAAAGAAACCAAAGAGGAAGUCUACGGAAACACCAACCAAGGAUCCUCCUACUGGGUUUCCCCUGAAGGCGAGAAAUUCACUUUGACCUGGGUCGCCGAUGAUGCCGGAUUCCAGCCAAAGGGUGACCACUUGCCCGUCGCUCCCGUCCACGUCUACGAGCUCCCAGUUGCCCCAGUCCAUGAGUACGUUCUCCCCGUUGCCCCCGUCCACGAAUACGAACUCCCCGUUGCUCCAGUCCACAUUCCAUUCAACGGAAAGGGCUACAAGAUCUAUUAAGUUAUUGUUCCUUGAAGCAAGAAAAGUUAUACGAUUCGAAUUUAUAUGGCAAUGUAAAUAAAUGCCGACGCUCACCACCAAA